AUGCCCCCCCAAACCCCCUACCAACUAGGCUUCGAGUUCGUGGUCCGCGAGCACCACCCACCCAGCCAGACCCCGGCAGACUUCGAGUUCAACGAGUCCAAGGACCCGCUGCCCGGCCGCUUCGGCGAGAAGGAGCUGCGCCUGCGCGUGUGCAAGGGCCUGCGCGUGGGAUCCGGGUACUCGGCACAGGUGGCUGUGGUGCAGGAGGUGCUGAGCGGGCGUCCUCCCAAACACGCUGGGUCGCUGCACCGGGACCCGGACGAGCUGGGGCCCAAAAUGGUGGCCAAGCUGUACGACGCGCGGUACCUGGGCUCGGCCUCGAGGACGCGGGUGCAGGCGGUGCGGUUCAUGGACGAGCAGUACGUGCGCGAGUCCGCGGCGUACCGCCACCUGCUGCACCACCAGCUACACCGGUACAUCCCCGAGUACUACGGGUCGUGGUCCACGCACACCCCGGACCCAGCCAGCAAGCAGUCUUGUGAGGUGCGCCUCAUCCUGACGGAGCUGGUCGAGGGCACGGACAUGAGGCAGCUGCGGCCGGAGUCGUUCUCGCUAGCCGACCGCCAGGCGAUCAUGCGGCGGAUCGUCAAGAUCGAGUCGGCGUUCUACGCGUGUGACCUCCAGCACCGGGAUGUGUACCCGCGGAACGUCAUCCUCACCAGGCCGGAUCCGCGCGCGGAGAAGAAGGCCGGCAAGGCGGGCGGCGGCCCGCCGCGCGUCACGGUCAUCGACUUCGGGCUCGCGCGGAUCGGCCGCUCGUGGGUGGAUGUCAAAUCGCCCCACUGCGCCAAAGCCGAUCUUCUCCCGGGCACCUAUAUCAGUCCCAUCCUGCGCUGGUGGCAGGUGGACAACGCGCAGGAUACAUGGUUUGACUGGGUCACUUGGGAUUGGAAUCGGUGGUUGUCGGAGACCUUCCGCGCGGAUAUUCCGCACAUCACCCCUGACAUGCUCAAGUGGGUGGGCAGAUUGCUAGAGCCAUUGUAG